CUGCUGUCUCAUCAGGCCUAUCUACGCACCCGGCCGAUUAAGAAACCUCCUGGGAAGCAGAACCAGGACCCAAAGGGCUGCCACCUGCCAGCACCGGACGUAUUGAUGGAUCAAAUUUAAAUAACAAGACUUUUUUUCGGGACACAUUUGGAACACUUUCAAUGUCUGUCCGAAUCAGUACUUUUCAAUGCUUUGAUCACAUUGGAUUGUUGCGGUAUUUGGAAGUUUUUUUUUUUUUUUUUUUUUGGGAAUAAAGCUGGUUCGCAUCUAUCUGACGCACAAAGCAAACUCGAGGCGAUCUUUUAAUGCGGAUUAAACAAUAUAUUUUGGGACGAAAAGGCAAUCGCUGACUGUCUUCCACCGCCUCAUUUUCAUCUUUUGGAUAGCUGCCAUCAGCGUGCGAAGACAACUAGGGCUCAAUCCACCGCAAGAAGAGAGAGAGCCACUGUCCCAGCCAGGAAAGCCGGCGUUCCAGCCGCGCGCACCCUGCCGGCCGAGGACCGCGGGCCUCCGGAGCCUCCAUAAAUGCUCGGUCCGUCGCAGAGGCUCCAGGCUGGGCAGCAAGAUGAGCUCCACCGUGCAGCUGCUUCUGGUGUUGCUGGCGACGUGCGUGCCAAUUGGCGCGGCCGAGGGCGAUCCACUUCCUGCAGCCCUGGUGGAGCUGGUUAGAAACAGUCCCAUCUCCUCCAUCGAUGACCUUCAGCUGCUUCUGCUCACUGAUUCCGUAGAUGAAGAUGAGGAAGAAAAUUCAGCAGCAAAUGGGAGUCACAGACUACCAAGGAGCCUGGAUGCUCAGCCAGCCCAGCAGGCUGUGUGUAAAGUUCGCACAGAGGUGGUGGAGGUCACCAGGGCCAUGUUAGACCGGAGCAAUGCCAACUUCCUGCUGUGGCCGCCGUGCGUUGAGGUGCAGCGCUGCUCGGGUUGUUGUAACACCAAAAGUCUGCAGUGCGUUCCUGUUGUCACACACACCAGAUACCUGCAGGUCAUGAAGAUCGAAUACAUCAAUAAAAGACCCACGUAUGCCAAAGCUGUGGUGUCGGUGGUGGACCACGUCGAGUGCCGAUGUCAGCCUUCUCCACGACAGCCUGUGCCGAGGAGAAAAUCAUCUCGCCGGCAUCACGGCCACAAGGACCAUCAUCGCAACCAGACGCUCAGCCAAGGACGUGGACAGGUCAAGGUUCACACCAAGGAUGAACUCCAUCAGUGGGAUGAGCUGAAACAGAACCAGGGUUCCCUCCUGGUGGAUCUCCUGGAGCAACACUGGAGCCCCAGAGGAGACACGUUUACUCGGCCAGGCGAACGCUACAGUCUGGUUGGAGAGGAAACUUCUCUACCCGAAGAGGCUGUUCUCAUUGGUUCACACUGGUCACAUAACUCUACUCGGUUCCUUGAGACUAAAACCCAAACUGAGAAUAAAGAGACCAAAGAAAGACUGUCAGACGGAAACAAGACUCUUUCUUCAGUGGAUCAUGUUGGCAUGGAUAAAACCUCUGAAGAUGGUAAGGGCCUCCUCAAUGCCGAGGGAAGGAUUGUUGAGGUACCAAAGACCAGGAAUGAAGGUACACAGAUACACAGUCCAUCGGAAAAAUCUACUUUUCCGAUCCCUGUGACACAGAAACCUCAAACUAAGUGGAGUCCAUUUGAGGAAAUCACUGGCAGGUUUGGGAAUAGGUUUAAACCCACCAAAGAACCCAACCCGGAGCCUCGGGAACAGACUAGGCAGCGAGACAACAAGACUCCAGAGGAGGUGAGAAUUCUGCAGAUUGCGGAGAAAAGGUUAGAAGAGGAGAGGAAAGAGCUGCUCCUGCUGCACAAGAGGUUGGACCAAGAGAAGGAGAUGCUAAAACAACAGCAGAAGAAACGAGAAGACGAGCAGCGCAACCUACGUAAUAGACAUCGUCUUCUGCAAACGACGACGACACAGUGGCCAGAGACAACCACCACCACCAAACAGCCGUCAGUUCCAAUCGGGCCCAGACCUCCAGGACAUCCCAAGAGGAGAAUGAGGAAGAAUCGGAAACGUAUAAGCAAGGCUGCUAUGAGAGCAAUGCUAAUGUAAAACAUUUCAAUUCCAGGAGCACAAGGUGAACUUGGAAUAUGGAUAAUCCGGGUCUAAAAAGUAUUCAACCUACUGUUUGAAGAAGCCAUAACUACACCUGGAUGGGGCACAAAGGGAAGAAAGAAACAGAAAAAAAAAAAAAACAAACGUUUCAACAAAUCUUGGACGUGACACCCAUAGACUUGUGCCAAAUUUCCUGAACAGAACUGUGGAAAUCAGUACAACUUCUCAACACUGAUGCUUGUUUUAAAAUCAGAGGAGAGAAACUGCACUUCUAUGUUGACAAAAAUAUAGUUAUAGGAUGAAAAAAGUCCCUUUUUGAAAGACUGUUGGGAAAAGGGAGCCUUCCAAAUGCAGCAGUGCGCUCUACGAUUCAGAUGACUAAGAUAAUGUUGAAUUACCAAUGAAAAGAGCGAAGACUUCUCUACCGUAUUUAAUUCCAUCCAACCCAUUGCGAACACUGGAAAUAAACCCGUGAGAUUGGCAUGACAAAUCAAAACAAAAGGUGGACAGGUGAUGAUGCAACACUUGCGGCCUUUCUGCUUCCUACAUUAUUAUUUAUUUACCAUAACUACUACUAAGGGUUAACCUUCUUCACCAGUACUGAAAACAAUAUAUAACAAUGUCAUGCAAGUCAGGGUUCUAAUUGAACGUGUUACUUUUUUAUUUGUAUUUCUUGUUUUUCUACCAAAGGUCAAACCUUCAGUGAAUUGUGGCGUUGAGUUUGUAUGUCAAGUGCAUGUUUGCUUUGCAAGUUUGCUCACUGUGUGUUCCUUUUAUUUCAAACAGACAACACUACCUUCACGGGUAGUUUUUUCUUUUUUUUUUUGGUUGAACCAAUCACAUUCCUUAAUUAACAGAGGUUAAUGUAUACAUAUGUAUAUACACAAGAAAAAAACAACAACCAAACAUACACAGAACGUGAUUGCAAAGUCAGGUAGUGUUAUUUAGAACAUGUUCAUGAAAAACACUGUUGGGCUUAUUCUUUGCUUAACACAUUGGCUGCCAUUGACAUGUCUAGUCAUCCAAUCAAGUGCUAGACAUCCAAUCAAUUUGAAGUGGGAGUUCUAGUAGCGCUGCUACUCCACUGCUUCAAAUAGUUUGGACGUCUAGCAGUGAUAAACUCAUUUAAAGAGAUUUAAUUCAAUUUUUAAGAAGCACAUGAUUGGACGAGUUUCACCGUCAAUGGCAGUGAAAGAGUUAAAAAGCCGUAAUCAGAAUAUUAAGUUAUUGAAAAGCGCGUAUGUUCGACUUGUCAACUCACAAUUGUUUUUGUUUUGUUCCUCUU